ACUGUAUUAUAAUCUGUGACUACGAAAUCCAUAUGUCCAUUUGUCAGAAUACUAGAAUUUGUUACAACCAUAAACACCAAAUCAACAGCUGUUACGGUUACACAAAACCACACUGUGUAAUGAGCAGAAGUGAGUUAAAAACCAAGGGAAGCAAGUUGUGGAAUCAAUUCUAAACAAGUGUCAUUUUAAUUUGAUUAAGUGUUGGAAUUGGCAAGUGACGGGAUAAUUAUAUAAAAUAUUUAUUUAUAAAAUCACUAGUCCUGAUAGUUUAUGGCGGAAAUUUCAAAUACCACUAUUUCCCAAGUAGUUGAAACGAAUACUGUUACUGUACUUCAAGAAGAGGAUGCUUCUCAGCAGGAACUCUACCUACUUAGGACAGUAUUCAAGUGUUUUAUUGCAAAAAAUAACAUGUAGCCUUAAGUCAUUAAGAUAUUUCUCUUCAGUGAAUGAACUAGAAAGCCCUCUAAGUGGUGUUAAGAUUAUUGACCUAACACGAAUUGUGGCUGGUCCUUUUUGCACCAUGGUUCUUGGCGACCUCGGAGCUGAGGUGUUCAAGAUAGAACAACCAGGAAGUGGAGAUGAAGCGAGAAAGUGGGGACCUCCUUACGUCCAGGGAUCAAACACAACUUGCUAUUUUGUUUGUCUCAACAGAAACAAAAAAAGUGUUUGUGUGAAUUUGAAAACGACCGAAGGUAUAAAGGUUAUUCACGACUUGGCCAAAGUCAGUGAUGUUCUAAUUGAAAAUUAUGUUCCGGGGAAAUUAAGUAGUCUAGGCAUUGGGUAUGAAGAUCUAAAAGAAAUCGCACCGAGGCUUAUUUAUUUAUCUCUGACUGGAUACGGGCCUAGAGGUCCCUACAGUAGGAGACCGGGUUAUGAUGUGAUCGCUGCCUCUAUAGGGGGGUUGUUGGACAUCACUGGCCCAGAGGGUGGGGACCCCUGCAAGCCUGGAGUGGCUAUGACCGAUCUAGCUACCGGGCUCUUCGCUCACGGAGCCAUCCUGGCCGCUCUGUUACAAAGGAACAAAACGGGGCUUGGCCAGAAAAUAGAUUGCAACUUGCUCUCCACUCAGGUAGCCAGUCUGAUAAACAUAGGCUCCAACUACCUGAACGCUGGGAAAGAAGCGAAAAGGUGGGGGACAGCUCACGAGAGUAUCGUGCCCUACGAGACCUUCGCUACUGCGGAUGGUUUCCUCACGGUGGGAGGUGGAUCAAACCAACAGUUCAAAUCUUUGUGUGAGAAGAUAAACAUGCCUCACCUGUUCAAAGAUUCGAGGUUUGUCGACAACAUAUCUCGAGUGAAAAAUAGAGAAGCAUUGAUAACGGAGCUUAAAAAGUGCUUUGCCAAACAAACAACAGCAGACUGGCUCAAAGUGUUAGAAGGGUCUUCCUUUCCGUAUGGACAAGUUAACAGAGUUUCUCAGGUAUUCAGUGACGAACACAUACAGGCCAUAGAGCUGGUGAAGGAUGUAGAGUUGUCUGACGGGGCUCAGGUGAAGGUGGUGGGACCACCGGUGGAGUACAGCGGAAGUAAGAAUGCUGUGCGCUCGCCUCCGCCCAUGCUGGGGGAACACACAGAGCAAGUGCUCUCCCAGGUCCUCAACUACCCUCGGGACAAGAUACGACUCCUUCGGGAACAGGGACAUGUCCAGUAGUCCACUGUAUUACUGGGAGUACAAUCUAAACAAUUGUGUUACUGCAGUAAUUAGUUUUUAAUUAAUUGUAUCCAACGGAAAAGUUAUUUUAUGUUAUAUAUUAAAAAUUGUCCUGGCGGAGCAAGUACUUUUUGUAAUACAAUGUUUAUUGAAAUUAUAUUUUAUAUAUAUAUUAGUUUUAAUCAUUAAACUGUAGUAAUGAAUAAAUGUAAUAAAAGUAUCUUAUGCAUGAAGUUCAGUAUAUUAUAAUUGUGUAUUUUGUUAUUGGCAUGUUUUACAAUAUAUUUAAUUAUUUACAUAUAUUCUUUAAUAAAAACUAUGUUAUGGAG